GAAUCAAACACGCAAAGUCCCUUCCUACCGGGGGAUGAUUUUAGGCUUCUAAUUCGCAUAAACGGAUCAAUAUCUUCACACAUAACACAUUCCUGUUAAUUUUACAUUAUCAGUGGAGAUGUUGACCAAAUUUGAGACAAAGUCGGCCCGAGUGAAAGGGCUGAGUUUCCAUCCAAAGCGGCCCUGGAUACUCGCUAGUUUGCACAAUGGUGUCAUCCAGCUGUGGGAUUAUCGCAUGUGCACUCUAAUCGACAAGUUUGAUGAACACGAUGGUCCAGUCAGAGGUAUUGACUUUCAUAAGCAGCAGCCUCUGUUUGUGUCUGGAGGAGAUGACUACAAGAUCAAGGUUUGGAACUACAAGCUGCGUCGAUGUCUUUUCACUCUUCUUGGACAUCUUGACUACAUUCGCACCACAUUCUUCCACCAUGAGUACCCCUGGAUCUUGAGUGCUUCAGAUGAUCAGACUAUUCGUAUUUGGAACUGGCAGUCCAGGACGUGUGUCUGUGUGCUGACGGGACAUAAUCAUUAUGUGAUGUGCGCACAGUUCCAUCCCUCUGAGGACCUGGUGGUGUCGGCAAGCUUGGAUCAGACUGUGCGCGUGUGGGAUAUUUCCGGUCUGAGAAAGAAGAACUUAUCUCCGGGUGCUGUGGACACUGAGGUGCGCGGCAUCUCUGGUGUCGACCUGUUUGGAGCCUCUGAUGCAGUAGUCAAACAUGUUCUGGAGGGUCAUGAUCGAGGCGUAAACUGGGCAGCUUUCCAUCCUAGCAUGCCUCUUAUUGUGUCAGGAGCCGAUGACCGGCAGGUGAAGAUUUGGAGGAUGAAUGAGUCUAAAGCAUGGGAGUUGGACACCUGUCGAGGACACUACAACAAUGUGUCCUGUGCGGUGUUUCACCCCCGUCAGGAGCUCAUCCUGUCCAACUCUGAGGACAAGAGCAUCCGUGUGUGGGAUAUGUCCAAGAGAACAGGCGUCCAGACCUUUCGCAGAGAUCACGACCGCUUCUGGGUUCUGGGUGCUCACCCCAACCUCAACCUGUUUGCUGCUGGCCAUGACAGUGGAAUGCUGGUGUUUAAACUGGAAAGGGAACGUCCAGCUUAUGCAGUGUAUGGCAACAUGCUUUACUAUGUAAAGGAUCGUUUCCUGCGUCAGCUCGACUUUAACAGCAGUAAAGAUACAGCUGUGAUGCAGCUACGCAGUGGAUCCAAAUUCCCAGUGUUCAGCAUGUCCUACAACCCAGCGGAAAAUGCUGUGCUGUUGUGCACUAGAGCUACUAAUUUGGAAAACAGCACCUAUGAUCUGUACUCCAUUCCCAGAGAGAGUGACUCCCAGAAUCCUGAUGCUCCUGAGGGAAAACGCUCCUCUGGUCUGACUGCAGUUUGGGUGGCCAGGAACCGAUUUGCUGUACUUGACCGCAUGCACUCUCUCUUGAUAAAAAACCUGAAGAAUGAGAUUGUGAAGAAGGUCCAGGUCCCGAGCUGUGAGGAGAUUUUCUAUGCUGGAACUGGCUCACUCCUGCUGCGGGAUGCUGAAGGAGUCACUCUAUUUGAUGUCCAGCAGAAGCGCUCUCUGGCCACGGUCAAAAUAGCCAAAGUCAAAUAUGUGGUGUGGAGCUCCGACGCCAACCACGUGGCCCUGCUGGCCAAACAUGCCAUCAUGAUCUGCAACAAGAAGUUAGAGAGUCUCUGCAACAUCCAUGAGAACAUCCGGGUGAAGAGUGGAGCCUGGGCUGAGAAUGAAGUCUUCAUCUACACCACCUCCAACCAUAUCAAAUAUGCUCUGACUUCUGGCGAUCAUGGUAUAAUCCGUACAUUGGAUCUGCCCAUCUAUGUGACAAGAGUGAGGGGUAACAGUGUUUAUUGCCUGGAUCGGGAGUGCAGACCACGUGUGCUUAACAUUGACCCCACCGAGUACCGCUUUAAACUGGCUCUGGUCAACCGCAAAUAUGAAGAGGUUCUUCACAUGGUGCGUAAUGCUAAGCUAGUAGGCCAGUCCAUCAUUGCCUACCUACAAAAGAAGGGCUACCCAGAGGUCGCGCUGCAUUUCGUCAAAGAUGAGAAGACUCGUUUCAGUUUGGCACUGGAGUGUGGAAACAUUGAGGUGGCGCUGGAGGCUGCAAAAGCCCUAGAUGAGCGAAGCUGUUGGGAGCGUCUUGGUGAGGCUGCACUUCUGCAGGGCCAUCACCAGGUGGUGGAGAUGUGCUACCAGAGAACCAAGAACUUUGACAAGCUCACAUUUCUGUACCUCAUCACUGGCAACCUGACAAAGCUCAGGAAGAUGAUGAAGAUCGCUGAGAUAAGAAAGGACAUGAGUGGACACUAUCAGGGCGCUCUGUACCUGGGUGACGUCAGUGAGCGAGUGCGGAUCCUCAAGAACUGUGGGCAGAAGUCUCUAGCUUACCUGACCGCUGCCACUCACGGGAUGGAUGAGGAAGCUGAAGCCCUGAAGGAGACCUUUGACCUUGAAAAAGAAAUGGUGCCAGAGGUGGACCCCAACGCUCAACUGCUGCAGCCUCCACCUCCCAUCAACCCUCUGGACACAAACUGGCCUUUGCUCACAGUCUCCAAGGGCUUCUUUGAGGGAGCUAUCGCUGCCAAAGGACGAGCAGGGCAGAUGGUUGCUGAUCUGGACAUGGAUGCUCCAGGAGGAGAAGGGUGGGGAGAAGAUGCAGAACUUCAUUUGGAUGAAGACGGCUUCAUGGAUGCUCAGGAGGGACUGGGUGAUGAGGGAGCCAUUGGGAAAGACGACGGAGGAGGCUGGGAUGUUGAAGAAGAUCUGGAUCUCCCACCAGAGCUGGACGUACCUUCUGUUGGUGGAGGUGGCGCAGAGGGUGAAGGCUUCUUUGUGCCACCCACUAAGGGCACAAGCCCAACCCAGAUGUGGUGCAACAACUCUCAGCUGUCAGUGGAUCACAUACUGGCUGGCUCUUUUGAGACUGCUAUGAGGUUGCUACAUGACCAGGUUGGCGUUGUUCAGUUUGGGCCGUAUAAGCAGCUCUUCAUGCAGACUUUGUCCCGCGGCCGCACCUGUUACCUGGGCCUGCCAUCUUUGCCCUGCCUGCACAGUUUUCCCCUGAGGAACUGGAAGGACAGCGGGCCUAAAGGAGGUCUGCCAGCAGUGGGUCUGCGUCUCGCUGACCUCAUCUCUCGCCUGCAGCAGUGCUAUCAGCUGACCACCUCAGGCCGAUUCGAAGAUGCCGUGGAACGCUUCAGAGCCAUUCUCCUCUCCGUGCCUCUGCUCGUGGUCGACAACAAACAAGAGAUUGCAGAGGCCCAGCAGCUGAUCACUAUUUGUAAGGAGUAUAUUAUUGGCCUCACGAUGGAGACGGAGAGGAAGAAACUCCCUAAAGACAGUCUUGAUGAGCAGAAGAGAAUUUGUGAGAUGGCGGCGUAUUUCACACACUGCAGUCUUCAGCCUGUCCACAUGGUGUUGGUUUUGAGAACGGCACUCAAUCUUUUCUUCAAACUGCGCAACUUUAAAACUGCAGCAGGUUUUGCUCGCCGUCUGCUUGAGCUAGGCCCCAAACCUGAAGUGGCACAGCAGACACGUAAAAUUCUCUCUGCCUGUGAGAAGAGUCUGACAGAUGCUCACCAGCUCAACUAUGAUCCCCACAAUCCCUUCGACAUCUGCGCAGCCUCUUACACUCCUCUGUACCGCGGGCGACCUGUAGAGAAAUGUCCCUUGUCUGGAGCCUGCUACUGCCCCAAAUACAAAGGAGAGGUCUGCAGGGUCACACAGGUAACUGAGAUUGGGAAAGAUGUGAUCGGGUUGCGUGUCAGUCCACUGCAGUUCCGCUGAACAUAUAAACGUGGAUGAAAAUAAACAUGCUUCUCCACACAUAUGCUUUUCCUUUAUAAGAUGAAGUAAUGAGAUCUUUUAAGAUCAGAACGUGAUUAAAAAUAUCUUGUUAUGUGACUAAAUACUCUGUGACUAUCCUUUCUGUUACUACAGUAUAUCUGAGAGCUCUACUGUCUGUAUGCUUGCAUUCAUAUGAAUAUCAUAAUUAUAAUAAUUGUGCAUCUGUCACUCAGUGCAAAACAAGUUUCUUUUUUUUGUGAACUCUCUAAAUAUUAAAAUAAAAUUCUGGUAAACAAAA